AUGUCAGAAUCAUCAAAGAAAAUGAGAUUCCCAGAAGUUCUGUCAGAUGAUUUGGUGGAGCACAUCAUGUCAACAUUUCUUCCCAUCAAAUCUGGUUUACAAAGUCGUGGUGUGUCCAAAAGAUUUAGGCACGCAGAGAUUCGAUCUCGAUACCUUGAUUUCAGCGAAAUAUAUUCCAUGAGACGCAGUCAAUUAGAGGUUAUGCUCAUCAUUGAAGACAUUUUCGGUAAGCACAAAGGGUCACAAAUCAACCAACUUAUUCUUACUCUCAAUCCUAUUGGUGUGGAGGAUAAGAUACUCACAUGGAUUAAAACAUGUGUGGAUAAGAAUGUCCAAGAGCUUGGCUUAGAUUUCUCCAAAUCUAAGAAAGUUAUUGAAAUUCCGAUCGAUUUCUCGGCCAUCGAGACCCUAACAGUCUUGGAGCUAAAAUGGUGUAAAUUCAAAAUACCGGAUAACUCUCCUAAGGGUUUGAAGUUAUUGAGAACACUUUCGUUAAUGAAGACCAAGAUGACAAAAGAGAUGAUAGAUGCAAUAUUCAGCAACUGCUUCCACCUCGAGUCGCUUGAACUAAUCAAAUGCCGAAUGUAUGGGACUUUGAGCAUCAACGCUCAAAAUCAUAAAAAGUUCAAGUCUCUUGUCGUGUAUUCAAUGCCGAAUCUUUUGAACGUCAUUUUGAAUGCCCCUACUCUCGAAUGCUACAAGUAUGAUGGAUAUGUCAUAAUGGUUGACUUUUCAAAAGUGGAUGCACUUAAAGAGGCAAAACUCCAUUAUCGUUGGAGGUAUAGUUACAAUCCAUCUGCCCUGGUGAUUGCUAAUAUGGGAGCCUAUACAGGAGUUCAUGUCCUUGCAACAACAAACAUCUUUCUCGAGGCUUUCUCGUAUAGAUACAGUGUCGGAGAAAUGAGAAGACCGACUCUCUGCUUUCGUAACCUACAAGAGUUUCAGAUUUGUCUUAAGUCUCCAUCAAUUUGCAAUCUUUUUGACAUCGCUGAGUUCCUCACACAGUGCCCUAACCUGAAAAGGGUUUCGAUCGAUAUAAAUGGUUUCACAUUUGAACCUGAUAUGUUUUGGACACACCAUCAGAAGCCAAAGAUUCAGAAUGGCAACUACCCGUUAAACACUAUCGAGUAUGUCGAGAUCAUAGGCUAUAAAAACAACUGGCAUGAGCUUGAUAUAAUGGAGUUCUUUGUUAGAAACGCAAAAUCUCUAGAGAAGUUGAUGUUGAUCGAGCCUAAAAGCCCAAAGACCGCACUUUUGGAACCCGAUUAUGAAAGGAUCGCCAAUAUAAGAAGCAUAUCUCCAAAGAAAAAUCUCAUCGAAUUUGUCAAAGGUUAA